CAAGCUGAAGAAACUUGUGACUUAGAGCAUCAGCAUCAGCGAGCAAGAUAAAAACUGGACGACUCCACUGUCCGUCUUCCAUCUCCUCCUCGUCGUCUCCAGCACUCAACAUGGACUGCGGGAUUUUAACAUCGAAGAGCGUCCUCCUCCUCCUCAGCUUGAUAUUCUGGGCGGCUGGAGCUGUGUUGGCGUACAUCGGCGCGUAUGUGAUCAGAAGCUACAGCAACUUUGACAGUUUCAUCCAGGACAGGUAUGCACUGGUCCCGGCUGUGAUCAUCAUUGCCGUCAGCGUGGUGAUGUUCGUCUUUGGUCUGGUGGGAUGCUGCUCCACGAUCCGGGAGUCUAAAAUCGGCCUCAGCUUUUUCUGUGUGAUCAUCUUGGUGAUAUUUGCAGCUGAAGUAGCUGCUUUGACAUUUGGCUUCAUCUACCAGGGCAAGAUCAGCGGAGACCUGGAGCGCUCUAUGACCGAUGCUCUAGCAAAGUAUGACGGACAGGGGACGGAGACUAAAAGUGUGGACUACUUGCAGAAUCAGUUGCAGUGCUGCGGAGUUAAAAAUUACACCAGCUGGUCCAACACGACCUGGUUUACCAGUCACAACAACACAGUUCCUCUGUCCUGCUGCAAAAACAUCACCACAGCGUGCACUGGCAGACUGGAUCAACCAGCUCUGCUUAACGUCGAGGGUUGUGAGGCCAAGCUGAAGAACCUCAUAGAGAGUGUGUGGGGCUACGCCAUGCUGGUCAUCCUGGGCUUUGCCAUCAUCAAGCUCUUUGGAAUGUUGAGUGUGUGUGUCAUCACCUGUAAAACCGGCAGCCGGAGAAGCGGCUACCAGUCGCUCCACGCCUGACAAGAACACCCUAACACCGCUGGCCACAAAUAAACACCGGGUGUCGUCUGAUGCUGCUGCGUACAGAAGCGUAUGCAGGUCAAACACGUGGGAACAUUUCUUUUUGAAAUAAUGGCCUAUAAAAUACACAGAUUCUGCUCAGACGAGAUCUAAAUAAAUACGUUUCCAUUGUUCUUCCUGCACUGCCACGGCCCAGAUAUGGGACAUUGUUUGGAUUUUUUUCCCCCCCCGUUUUUUGUGUUCUAUCUAAAGCUGACAUGAAAGGAGAGGAAAGAAAACUAUUUUUUGAGAUGUUACUUGUAAAUUUUCAUCGUGUUGAUACUCUUUUAAAGAACAUGAAUGUACCGUAAUAAUCAUUGAUUGUAAUUACUGUAAACACAGUUCGAGAAAUGUAAUGCCUUCUUUAGGAUUGCAUUAUUUUUAACCAACUGAAUCAAUGGGCACGCAAAAAUAUUGAUGUACUGUAAUAGUCAUUUAGAUGUAUUUAACUAUAGGUUGCAGUUCCACACAGUUUGGUGUUUGGUUAUGAUGUUUCUAAAUUAAAGGAAAAUGCUUCCUAGUUCACAAUAA